UGAUUAGCAGAACUAGCCAGUAGAGCCAAGGCGUUUAGCUACCGAAUUUUGCUGUUUGAUUUAUUGGACACUAAAUGGUACAUAGUUUCAUAGUCGGAAAGGAAAUUAAGGGGAUUUUACAUAAUAGUUUUCUGUUCUUUCAAAAUACCUUUGCAGACAUUUUAGUAGCGACUACCCUACCCGGAAAUGAGGGGUGCAGCUUUGCACAUGGUCGUUCUGCUGUUGCUGGCCCUGCAACAAACAUGUUCAGCCCACCCAGUGUUUUUAUAUGCACGCGUUGGCCAGUCCAUCACCCUCCCCUGCAGUGGAGAGCCCAAUAGGGUUGUGGAAUGGUAUUUUCAACAGCCUGUGCUCCCUGAUUGGCUGCUUGUGGCCAAACUCCACAAUGGAUCCAUUUCCCCAGGACCUGGCUUCCAGGAACGGGUGAAGUCCAUCUGUGAGGAGCAGCCAGGAAACUACAGCCUGGUCCUCAGUCCUGUGAGGUAUGAUGACCUAGGCAUUUACGAAUGCCGGGACAAGGAUGGGUCCAUUCUUUCAGAUGUGAAGCUACAAAUUUCUGUCCCAGUAAGUGUUUCCAUAGCGGUGGGAAUGUCUGCCAGUCUGCCUUGCUAUGGGGGCAUUAGUAAACAAGCGCAUGCUGUUGAUCUGGAUAUCCUCUGGAAAAAAGAUGGAAAGAUGGUUUACCAGCUCUAUAACAACACCAUCACCUAUGGGCCCGGGUUCGAGAGCAGAGCUUCAGUUUCCCCAGAACAGGCUCUCCAUGGAAACAUGUCUCUAACCAUCAAACAGACACAGUUUUCAGAUCAAGGUGACUACCAGUGCUCCUACAGCAGUCCAAAAGAGAGAGGGACCCCAGAUUCUGCCAGGCUCCAUGUUACAGACCACCCACCCCAGAUCCUCACAGUGAAGGCUGGUGAAGAGCUCUCGGUACGGCUCCGUACCACAGACCCAGUGAGGGUAACAUUCACAGGCCCUGGUCUGGACAAGGUGCUGAUGGCCGACUCUAACAAAGACCCAGUCACAUAUGGGGAGCAGUGUGGUCAGAGAUGUGAGGUUCUGGGCCAGGAAAACACCUUUCUGCUGAGGCGUGUAACACCGGAGGAUGCCGGGGUCUACACAGUGACUGAUUCUGAGACCAACAGGACCAUCAGCAUCGUCUUUCUACAAAUCUCAGGAGAGACUACAGGAGCAGUGCCUGCGAUCGUGUUGACAGUGGUCUUUGGUUGUUUCGGCUGCAUUGGCUUUGGCAUUGGCCUUGCAGUCUCUUUGUACCGCAUUAAGAGACGAGAGGCUAACAGACGAAUGGCUGAACAGAGAAUCACAUGCCAACCAGCAGCAGUGGAAGACCCGAGUGGCUCCAGAACAGCCCUGCAGCAGCAGAACUGCAGCAGCCUGGAGGCCCUGAGCCCUCUCUCUCCGUGA